UCGCGUUUGAAUACAUUUGAUCCGAGUCAAGUAGAUGACCUCCGGGUAGCCUUAUGAUUGGCGGUUUGCCGUGUUAUCAAACUCUGAUUGGAAGGAUUAGAAUCGACGUCGGUCGUCGCUUUUGGGCGGUAUCAGUCUUAUCACCUCGGUUUAAACCACAACAAUCGCAGCAGUCGCUGGCAAGUAAGCGUUCAAGCUGUCACUCUAAUAACCUCUUCGAAUCGUCUGCGAGAAUGUCCCAGAAAUUAAAAAAAGUGUGCAUAGUAGGCAGCGGCAAUUGGGGCUCCGCUAUUGCGAAAAUUGUCGGGAGCAAUGCGAAAAAACUACCCCAUUUCGAUGACAGGGUUACUAUGUAUGUUUACGAAGAAAUGAUAAAUGGGAAGAAACUCACAGAGAUCAUUAAUGAAACGCACGAGAACGUUAAAUAUCUUCCAGGUCACAAGUUGCCUCCCAAUGUGGUGGCAGUUCCAGAUGUCGUGGAGGCAGCCAAAGAGGCUGAUAUUCUAAUUUUUGUAGUACCUCAUCAGUUCAUAAGAACGCUAUGCUCAACUCUUUUAGGAAAAAUCAAACCAACAGCUAUUGCUUUAUCUCUGAUUAAGGGCUUCGACCGGGCAGAGGGCGGGGGAAUCGACCUCAUUUCGCACAUAAUCACCCGUCAUUUGCGAAUCCCUUGCUCUGUCCUCAUGGGGGCAAAUCUCGCCGGUGAAGUGGCUGACGAGAACUUUUGCGAGACAACCAUCGGUUGUAGAGACACCAAACAAGGACCACUGCUCCGCGAUAUUAUCCAAACCGAUUACUUCCGAGUAGUCGUAGUGGACGAUGAAGACACUGUAGAAAUUUGUGGAGCUUUGAAAAAUAUCGUAGCGUGUGGGGCCGGUUUUGUGGACGGUUUGGGUUUGGGUGAUAACACCAAAGCUGCAGUAAUUCGAUUGGGGCUCAUGGAGAUGAUUAAAUUCGUUGAUGUGUUUUAUCCGGGAGGAAAAUUGUCAACGUUCUUUGAAAGUUGCGGUGUUGCUGAUUUGAUCACGACCUGCUACGGGGGUAGAAACAGGAAAGUGAGCGAAGCGUUUGUGAAAACUGGAAAAUCGAUAAAAGUGUUGGAGGAUGAGAUGUUGAACGGGCAGAAAUUGCAAGGGCCGUUCACGGCAGAGGAGGUCAACUAUAUGUUGAAAAAUAAGGGCAUGGAGGAUAAAUUUCCCUUGUUUACAGCCAUUCAUAAAAUUUGUACAGGACAGAAACCUGUAGCUGAAUUUAUCGACUGCAUUAGACAUCAUCCUGAGCACAUGGUCAAGCAGUAAUCAGCUAAUUAUUUUCUUCUAUAAUAGGUGUCAAAUUAUUAGAAAAAAAUUAGUCGGACAUAAGAAGUACAAAAAAUGUGUUCUGCCAAAAAUUGUAAUUUAGCCAAAGCUAGUUUUGGAUAGUAAUUUUUAAACACUCGAAAAAAACAACUAAGGGUGUACUAAGUAUUAUUUGUUGAACCAUAAAUGUACUUAAAAAGA